ACUAUGUGUGGUGUGAGUGUGCAUCUAUUCCGAUCUGGUAAGAUAUCACUGUCUGGCGGGAUGACCAGCGCAUAGAGCUGCUGCUCAGCGAGGAGAGGAGAGGAUAAUGUUGAGGAAGGACUGAAAAGUCAAGAGACAAACCCCCUGAAGCACUCGUGCACACACUCGCCUCCGCAAAGUGCCGUUUCGCCCUGUAGUCUCGUCGUUGGCCGUCUCUCUGCAUCCAGCGGGAGCUUUGGGGAGCACCUUCACUGAGGCGCCAAGCUUUCACUGGCAUUCCUGCAGGAUUGCACCAGUAACACGACUCAUGGUCUGUCAGAUACGCAGGUUGAGGAUGGUGCCCGCUCAGAGCGCAGCUGGACGACAGAUCCCGUCUGCUGUCAUGCUGCUCUUGCUGCUCUCUUCAGGUUUGGGUGCAGGUGCAGACUCCAACAUAGCAAACGUGCGUCGGGUCACCCACCCUAUAGUACAACAAAUGCUUGCAGGCAAAGCUGUCCUCCCCUGCGUCUUCACCCUUCAGACCAGCUCCUCCAUCCAGCCUCCACACCUCCUGUGGACUCGCACUAGGCCACCAGCUGGGCAAAGUGCUGCUCAGGAACAAACUGUGCUUUCUGCUAAAGGUGACGUAAUCAAGGUGAAUGAGGCUUUCAGUGGCCGCGUCAUGCUGCCAGGAUACACUGCCAAUCCACUGAAUGCUACCAUGGAGAUCACCGAUCUCCAAAUCAACGACUCAGGCACUUACCGCUGUCAGGUUGUCAUGGGCAACGACUAUGAGAGAGACACUGUCCCACUGGUGGUCUCUGGUGUGGUGUUUCACUAUCAGUCUCCUAACACUCCUAACGCCCUCUCAUUCACCGAUGCCCAGCGAGCCUGUCAGGAAAACUCGGCUCGGAUCGCCACGCCGGCGCAGCUGUGGGCAGCAUACCGUGACGGCUUUGCCAGCUGCUCAGCAGGCUGGUUGGAUGAUCAGACUGUACGUUACUCUGUCCAGCUGCCAGAGCUUGGUUGCUAUGGACACAAGGAAUACUCUGCUGGAGUGAGGAAUUAUGGGAAGCGGGACCCAAAGGAGUUGUUUGAUGUGUACUGUUUCGCUAAAGAACUAGACGGUGAAGUGUUUCACUCCUCAGUCCCAGGCAGUCUGUCACUGUCUUCAGCCUCGGACCGCUGUGUGUCCCUGGGGGGGCAGCUGGCAUCAGUGGGGCAGCUGUAUCUGGCCUGGAGGGACGGCCUGGACAGCUGCGCCCCCGGCUGGUUGUCUGAUGGCAGCGUCCGCUAUGCAGUGGCCCGGCAUCACCCAGACUGUGAAGGGAACAAGCCAGGAGUCCACACCAUAACAAUCAAUACCACCUCUGACAACACUACAGCAUUAUACGAUGCCUACUGCUACAGAGGUAGUGUGAAGGAUACAGGCUCUAUCUCAGAGAUUUACACCUCCCUUUGGAAGCCCCGGAGCUAUCUCGCAGGCCCCAGUGAUGCUGAGUCUGCAGCGGCAGACAGCUCUAACCUGACGACACAUCAAACAACCACCCUGCAAGAUGGCAGUGAGUUUUCGCCUUCCAACUGGACAGGAUUGGUUGACCUCGAAGAAGAGGUUUCCCUUUACAGUGUCUUGACAGACCCCUGGUCCUCAGAGUCCCCAGAGUCAUUUGUGACGCUCCAGUUGAUUCCUGGACACAGCUCCUUUGACUGGGGCGAGUCACUGGAGCCUGGCCCUGACUCUGAGGAGUUUCUCCGACCCCCAGUUACCCCAACUCCUGCUGACAAAAAGGUGAUCUCAAAGAUCGUCAGCUCCAUUUGGAAGCCUUGGAACUACCUGGUGGGUAACGGAGAUGAGGAAGGAACCCAAGCUCCGAGUGGAAAUGCACAGGAAGAGCCCGCAGCAACAAAAGAGACUGAUGUUGAGCCAAAUCCUUCCAGUGCUGCCUCACCAGAUGUGUUUUCCUCGGGGAGUUCAUGGCUCACCAGUCCCACGAGGGAAAAUACUCCACCAGCCAGUGAAGAUGCACCUACUCAUCAAGCGCCUACGUUGGCUUCCUCCAGCAGCUCUGUGACGUCAGAGAGCACCAAGAGCGUGGAGCUCUCAGAGACAACCACCUUUUCUGCCUCCAGUCCUGCACCUGAAAUCUCCACUUCCAGCCGAGAAGCCUGGGUCCGUGUUGAAGAGGAGACCACGACACAACCGGCUGACAAGAAGAAAGAAACUGCGACCUCCAGAGCCAGUGGCAGGGGAGGAAGAGGAAGGGGGAAGAAGAACAGAGGGGAGGACAAGAACAGAGGGGAGGACAAGAGCAAAGGAGAUGAGAAGGUGAGAGGAGAGGAAAGGGGGAGAGCAGAGGAAGAGGGGAGCGGAGAAGUUACCGGAGCAGAAGCUAAAGGGGAGAUUCAAGUCUCCCGUCGACCAGUUGGAACGAGUAAACCCAGAGAACGGUCCAGAGAAAGAUCCCGAGAGAGGGGUCACAGGAAAGGACACUCCACCACCACCACUACGACAAUCGCCCCCACCAGUACUCUGGAGACCACUGUAAUGAGCACAACUGGGACAGAAAGGGACUUUUCAACCCUUAAUUACCAGCCCACUUCAUCCCUGAUGACUUCACAGGAACCGUACCCAGCCCUGCCCUCCUCUCCAUCCCCAUCACCACUCACUUCACCAUCUGUGUCCUCUUCGCACUCGUCCCAACCCGAAUCCCUUUUAGAUUCAACAUCCCCAUCUGCAUCCCUUCCCUCCUCCGCCUCAUCAUCUCCAGACCCUUCCUUGCCCCCACCCCAUUCCCCGACUCCUUCCUUCUCUCCACCACCAUCACCAUCACCAUCCCAUCCCCCAUCGCAAAAUCAAACCACUGGAUUGGCUCCAUCUCCUCAGGCAGACAUCCAGGUCAACUCCACUGACUCUCUAAUGCCAGAUCAAUUGGUCCCAGAGGAGACGGUGGCCUUGAACAGCUCUCUGGAUGAUCAGACAUCACUGCUGGGACCACCAGAUGACAAGGAGCCCGUUUGGUCUCAUGCUGUGGGCUCAGGGGCCCUCUUGCUUAACAAUAUGGAGGAGGAGAACAAAAGUGGAGGACUCAACAUCAGUGCCACAACUGUCAGUUCAACAGCUGAAGUGGAGCCCUGUGUGACAAACCCAUGUCUGCACGGAGGAAAGUGCCUUCCUCAAAGGACGGGCUACAGCUGCUACUGCCCACAAGGAUACGCUGGGGAGAACUGUGAGAUUGACGUAGAUGACUGCCAGUCUGAGCCUUGUGAAAAUGGAGGGACGUGCAUCGACAAGAUUGAUUCAUUCCUCUGCCUUUGCCUGCCAAGUUACGGAGGAGACACAUGUGAGAAAGACAUUGAAGGUUGCGAGCAUGGCUGGAAGAAGUUUCACGGUCACUGCUACAGAUACUUCACCCACAGACACACAUGGGAGGAUGCAGAGAAAGACUGCAGGGAGCACAGUGCCCACCUCAGCAGUGCCAUCUCCAGCACUGAGCAGGAGUUUAUCAACGGUCUUGGUCAUGACAAUGCCUGGAUCGGACUGAACGACCGCACCGUGGAGGAGGAUUUCCAGUGGACUGAUGGAAACGAUCUGGUAUAUGAGAACUGGAGGGAGAGCCAGCCAGAUAACUUCUUUGCAGGUGGCGAAGACUGCGUGGUUACCAUUGCACAUGAGGAUGGCAAGUGGAAUGACGUGCCAUGCAACUACAACCUACCCUACAUCUGCAAAAAAGGCACAGUGCUGUGUGGGACGCCGCCUGCAGUGGAAAAUGCCCAUUUGAUCGGUCGGCGGAGAUCACAUUACGACAUCCAUUCAGUGGUGCGUUACCAGUGCUCCGAGGGCUUCUACCAGCGCCACAUCCCCACUGCACGCUGCCGGGCUGACGGAGGCUGGGAGAGGCCCAGGAUCAUCUGCACAAAGUCUCGGCGUUCUCACCGGUACCGGCGUCAUCACCACAAUCAGCACCAUGAACGUCGCAGGAACAGGAGACACGGUGGAGAUGGGCACAAAACCAGAGAGGAAGCCCACAGCUACUACUGAACCAAAUAAUACAUCUGCAACGCCUAGGUGCUAACCAUGGCCCAUGAAGACAGACAGUAGUUCACAUCACUCCUCAUCUCUUUUCCUGCUUCCCAUCAAGCUUUCUGCUUAGCUUUAUUCGUCCUGAUAAAUGAAAUCGUCCUUUUCUUCUAACAUACAGCUGUUCUCCUUAUUCCGAUCCUUGAAUUGGAUUGUUUUGAUAAUUCCUUUAACAGAGGUCCAUGUGAACACUUACUAUAAGACUUACCCUCAUUACACUCCCUAAUAUUUCAGAAGAGUAAUUUCUCUGCCUUUCUAACAAACUAUAACCCUCUCUUAGUGUGUCAGACUCACCGCCGUGUGCAAGUGUGUGUGACUGAUUCAUGUACGAUGCAAACUUAGGGAAGAGUCACUUCUUUGUAAAGUUUGCUUGUUUGACAUGAAAAAUAACUCCUCUCAGUAAUAUGUUUUUACAAGCAGCAGUGAUGCGAAAUAACAUUUGAUCUUUGGCAACCCUGAGGAGUUUGUGUGUUUACUGUGACUGUUAUUUUAUCCUUAUUGAGUAGCUGGUCUUUUUUAUUCUACUGACAUGCUUUGUUUCUAAUAUUUGCUGUUUGUGUGAUUUUACUAUUUAUUAUGGAUCAUUCGCUAGUGGAGAAUAUGCUUUCUCUUUUACUCCAGAAAGUCAAUGUAAUGUCAUUUUUUUCUAUACCAGUAUGUAAGUCCGACAGUCCUACAGUCAGUAACAAAAGGAAUCAUUUGAUUGCCUCUAAUCUCUGUUUUGUAAAUAUUGUGUUGUGUGUUAUUGGCUGAUCCCUAAUCAAUAGAUAGACCUCCAGUAAAAUAGACAUCCCAAAUCCCAUGACAAGUCUUUAAUAGAAGAUUAUUGAGUGGGUGGGAUUAUCAAAAACUCCUUGGCGGUUAGAACUUGAUUGUAUUGGAUUACCUACAAACCUUCAAUCCUUGCACGGCUAUAUUUACGUUUAAGGUAGAAUGUCACAUUUUUUUUGUUUUUUUUUGUCUUUGGUCCUUUUGAUAUGUGAUUAGUCAUCCCCUUUUUGGUGUUCUUAUGACUUUUUGUC